AUGUGUUUGCGUGUGCUCUGUGUUUCAGGGAUAGAGCUCUGUCCUCCUGGGCACCGGUUCAUGAUCACCAUGGUGGCGAGCUUCAUCGAAAUGGCGGGGCAAUUCCUCAUGCCAGGGCUGGCUGCCCUCUGCAGGGACUGGCAGGUCCUCCAGGCAGUCAUCAUCUGUCCUUUCCUGCUGAUGCUGCUUUACUGGGUUAUUUUCCCAGAGUCCCUUCGGUGGCUGAUGGCUACACAACAGUUUGAGGCAUCCAAGGAACUGAUCCUUCAGUUCACGCAUAAGAACAGGAUGAACACGGAAAGCGACAUCAAAGGAGUGGUGCCCG